AUGUUUGGUGUUCUUCCAACUCUACAUCGAAAAGAUGAUGUAAUCGCAACGUAUCAUGUAGAAGAUGAAGUUGCUAUUGAUGAUUUCAUCAAAGAGGUGACCCAAAGGGUGUACUUCAAUGAGGCUGAAUGUGAUGUGAAGUGUUCAUGCGCACUGUUCGAAAUGAGAGGGAUAUUGUGUAGACAUGUAUUGGCUAUUAUGAGAGUUAACAAAGUGAAAAAAGUGCCAGAAAAAUACAUAUUAGAUCGAUGGAGAAAGGACAUUAAAAGGACAUACACUCUUAUUCGAAGUUCUUAUGACUCAGUUGAUGCAAGGCCAGAAGUGAGUAGAUAUUCACGUAUCAUGAAGGUAUGCUACGAGGUUGCCACAAAUGCAACGUCAUCUGAUAAGAAUGUCGAGGAUAUGAUACAUAAGUUACAUGAAAUGAACCUCGGCUACCUCACCAACAAGUUGCCCUUUCAAACUUCUUCCAACGUUGCAGUUACAACUGUCAAUACCACUAUAGAGGGGAGUUCAAAAAAAGUACUGAGUCCCCUUCCAGUGAGAGGGAAAGGCAGACCACCAUUUCUCAGGAAGAAAUCAAUGAUUGAGCGGGUCAGACCGACAACGAAGAAGGCUACUCAACAGAGAAAACGUAAACAGCCGCAUGGAGGAGAAACAUGCAGAAAUUUAUUUGGACAUGUAGAUAUUGGGACUGAAGAGAGUAUUCACAUUCAGCAACCAAAAAAUACUACAGAGGUGUUGGAAUAUGGUGGAACCCAGUUUGGUUUUGCAAUGAGUGAGACUCAAGAAAGUGUACAUAUUGGGGUAGAUGGAAUCCAACUGGAACCGUUGGAUGGGACACAGCUAUGGUUAUAA